AUGAGCACAAACUCCAUUAAACUACUCGCCGGUAACUCACACCCUGACCUGGCAAACCGCGUGGCUGCGCGUCUUGGUCUUGAGCUUGCCAAGGUUAAUGUGUCCCAGUAUGCCAACCUCGAGACUUCGGUCACUAUCGGUGAGUCUGUUCGCGAUGAAGACGUUUAUAUCAUUCAGACUGGUUGCGGUGAUGUUAAUACUUAUCUCAUGGAACUUUUCAUUAUGAUUCACGCUUGCAAAACUGCUUCUGCUCGCCGCAUCACUGCCGUCAUGCCCAACUUUUCUUACGCGCGCCAGGACAAGAAGGACAAGAGCCGAGCGCCAAUCACGGCAAAGCUUGUUGCAAAGUGUCUUCAACAGGCUGGCUGUGACCAUGUUAUCACUAUGGACCUGCACGCCUCCCAGAUUCAGGGUUUCUUUGAUGUUCCUGUCGACAAUCUUUACGCUGAGCCCGCAACUCUCCGUUACAUUCGCGAAAACCUAGACUACAAAAACGCCGUCAUUGUGUCGCCUGACGCUGGUGGUGCCAAGCGCGCAGCUUCCAUUGCGGACCGUUUAGAUCUUAACUUUGCUUUGAUUCACAAGGAACGCCAGCGUGCUAAUGAAGUUUCUCGCAUGGUUCUUGUUGGCGAUGUGCGUGACAAGAUUUGUGUCCUUGUUGAUGAUAUGGCCGAUACCUGUGGUACUCUUGUCAAGGCUGCUGAAACUCUUACUUCCAACGGCGCCAAAUCUGUUGUCGCUAUGGUCACUCACGGUAUCUUUUCUGGUCCAGCCUUUGAGCGUCUUAAUAACUCUCCUAUUGACCGUGUUGUCUGCACAAACACUGUUCCCCACGAUAACGCGGACUGCCCCAAGCUUGACCAUAUUGACAUCUCUCCAACAUUGGCCGAGGCCAUUCGCAGACUUCACAACGGCGAGAGUAUCUCUUACCUCUUUACUCAUGACCCCCUAUGA